GUAAGUGACGAGUUCAAAAUACAUAAGUGACAAAUAUUCCAAAACAGUUGCCUUACAAACGGAGGUGCAAACGUGUUUGAGCUAGUAACACAUAAGCUGUCUCAUCUCGUCACCAACAUGUUCAGGAUCUGUCUUCUCCAUUGCCUGUGUUUAGCUUCCGGCCAGUUCCUAUUUGGUAACAAGGCGGAUAGCUCCCACUAUGGAGGAUACACCUUCGAGUAUCACAGUUACAGCGAUCUCCUUGUCGUGAAGGAUCUUGGAAGCUGUUACUUCAUGACAACAAACGAUACUCUCUCGAAGAUCAUCACUGACAAGCAGCGCAGAGUCGCACUUCAGAUCGAGCUUGUCGGGUUCAUCCGUAGUGACGUACACGUGACACGGACUAGUUUCGUCCAGGCAGACAUCGCACACCGUGACGUCAGUGCUACCGCAGUCUGCGUUGGCAAGGAUUUGUACGAAAUGAAAUACCCAGCAGAUGGUGCUGCCUACAAACAGGGAAGGACAACUGCUUAAACUACAACUAAAUCUCAGUUCACAACAACAACGAAUGAUUGAACAAAACCUAAUGUUCAUGUGUUUGGGUAAUUAAAGACAGAUUCACCUUGUU